GAUGAGGUUCCUCCUGCUGCUGUCUGCCCUUGGGCUCUGCUGGGCUCAGUACUCCCCUCACACUAAGGAUGGACGCACAUCGAUGGUCCAUCUCUUUGAGUGGCGCUGGGUUGAUAUUGCUAAGGAAUGUGAGAGAUACUUAGGUCCCAAAGGAUUUGGAGGGGUUCAGGUCUCUCCACCUAAUGAAAAUAUUGUGAUUCAUAACCCUUCGAGACCUUGGUGGGAAAGAUACCAACCCAUCAGCUAUAAAAUAUGUACAAGGUCUGGAAAUGAAGAUGAGUUCAGAGACAUGGUGAAAAGGUGCAACAAUGUUGGUGUGCGCAUUUACGUGGACGCCGUCAUCAACCACAUGUGCGGUGCAGGUGGCGGCGCGGGGACGAGCAGCACCUGUGGGAGUUACUACAACGCUCACAACAGGGACUUCCCAGCAGUGCCGUACUCUGGAUGGGACUUUAAUGAUGGGAAGUGCCACACGAGUGAUGGGGAAAUUCACAACUACAAUGAUGCUUAUCAGGUCAGAGACUGUCGUCUGGUUAGUCUCCUUGAUCUUGCACUUGAGAAAGACUACGUUCGUACCAAGGUUGCUGACUACUUGAACCAUCUCAUUGACAUCGGUGUGGCUGGGUUCAGACUGGACGCCGCUAAGCACAUGUGGCCUGGAGACAUAAAGGCAGUUUUGGAUAAACUGCAUGACCUGAAUGAAACAUGGUUCCCUGCAGGAAGUAAACCUUUCAUUUUUCAAGAGGUAAUUGAUCUUGGUGGUGAGGCAAUUUCCAGUAGUGAGUACUUUGGGAAUGGCCGUGUGACAGAAUUCAAGUAUGGUGCAAAACUGGGCACAGUGAUCCGCAAGUGGAAUGGAGAGAAGAUGGCGUACUUGAAGAACUGGGGAGAAGGCUGGGGUUUCAUGCCGUCUGACAGAGCCCUUGUCUUUGUGGACAACCAUGACAACCAGCGGGGACAUGGGGCUGGAGGAGCGUCUAUCCUGACGUUCUGGGACGCCAGACUGUAUAAAAUGGCAGUUGGAUUUAUGCUUGCUCAUCCUUAUGGCUUCACACGUGUGAUGUCAAGUUUCCGUUGGGACAGAAAUUUUCAGAAUGGAAAAGAUGUUAAUGACUGGAUGGGACCACCAAAUAACAAUGGGGUGAUCAAAGAAGUGACUAUCAAUCCAGACACGACUUGUGGCAAUGGCUGGGUCUGUGAGCAUCGUUGGCGUCAAAUCAGGAACAUGGUUGACUUCCGAAAUGUAGUUGAUGGCCAGCCUUUUGUGAACUGGUGGGAUAAUGGGAGCAACCAAGUUGCCUUUGGGAGAGGAAACAGAGGGUUCAUUGUCUUUAACAAUGAUGACUGGGCACUGUCCACCACCUUACAAACUGGUCUUCCUGCCGGCACGUACUGUGACGUCAUUUCUGGAGAUAAAAUCGAUGGCAACUGCACGGGAAUUAAAAUCCAGGUUUCCGGCGAUGGCAGAGCUCACUUUUCCAUCAGUAACUCUGCCGAAGACCCGUUCAUUGCCAUUCAUGCCGAGUCUAAGUUGUAAAAUCCUCAUUAAAUGCACCUUUAGGUUGUAAUACUGAGUGUGCUUCUUUGUGUAUACUUUAGUCCUUAUGGCUCUUUAACUCUUCAUACAUUCUCUAAGCAAUCAAAUUUAAAAAUUCAAAAAAACCAUUAAAAAUCACAUAUAAGUAUACAAUUAUCUGGUAACUGCAGCCACAAUAUUGUCAUGAUUUAGAAUAUUCACCUUAAAAUACUUGUCAAAAAAUUUCUUAGAAUUGUUCAACCUGACAAGCAUAUUGUGUUCUCAUUAAUAUCAUUAGUUCACCAUGUAUCUUGGAUUGUAGUUUGUCUAUAAUUCUUCCAUAAUAUUUUUACAAGUUAGGAAAAAUUAGUGUAUGAUAAUUCCCAUACUAAGAUAGCUUAUUUGUACAGUUUGCACAAUAUGAGAAUACUUGCAAUUGAGUGUUAAAAUUACAAUAAAUUUAAGUUUUAAAAUUUA